UAAAACCAUCUUUUAAGAGGAUUUCAGUGAAAAAUUCUUAAUUAUAUCUCAUAUAGUUCCAAAGUUAUGAUAAAUAUAGUAUUUUAGAGCAAAAUUUAAAGGGACACUAAGAAAGUAUUACCCCAGGAUGAACACAACCUCGGACUUUAAAUCUCCACGGCAAAGGGUUAAUGAUAUUUAAAUUUUACAUUCUGAUAACACAUAGCACAACUAUCACACUGGUGGCUGGUGCUUUUAUUGCAUCUUGGGCGGUAGGAGAAAAGGAAUAUGUAUCGAUAACCUUUCUUGUAGUGAUGAACGUUUGAUAUUACAUAACACGUUUAUAUGGAAUUAUGAUCCUUAUGAACGCAGAGUCUACACACAUCACAGCCCACCUUGAGCAGAAACCUGUGUACUGUUACAGGUUUUGGGAGGGUAUACAGGAUGAGUCAAAAGUAUGUUUAAAAACUUUUUGUGUGUGUUCCAGGAUAAAAAAAUAACAAUGUUCCUAUGAUCAUGGGGUCACAAAUGUUUCAUUUUCGGAAUAAUGGCCAAAAAUAAGUUUCAAUGAAUGACUUUAUGUCAGAGUAUUCAGAAGAGAGAUUUUCUUUCUGCUAUAUUGCUUUCGUAGUGUUUUGAUGCCAGGAUAGCGUUUGUUUACCAACAUGCGCUAGUAAGAUUGCACAAUGAAGUAUAAACAGGUUUGAUGCUGAACAAUGUGCUCGGAGUUAAAGUACUGGAAAAUCAAGUCAAUAGUAGCAGUUAAACAGUGCAGUACUACUCUUGGUACAUUGAUUUUGAUCAAGAGAAUUAAUUUUUCAUUUGAAGAACUGAGUGACAUUCAUUUAACAUACUGUGAAAUGCAAUAUAAUGUACAUGAUGCACGUCGAAGAUAUGGGGGGAAGUUUCUGGAUAGAUGUUUGCCAUGGCCCGUCAUGCUCGUGAGACAGAUUCACUGUGUCUGUGCCAUGUCUAUGGGCGACCACGGUCAUCAUAUGUGGAAGAACGCGUUCUUGAAGCUUUGAAUGGAAAUCAGUGUACCAGCACUUGAAGGAUUGCUGCUAGGUUGCACACUUCUUAGGCUACUGUUCAUCGGAUUUCGUGUCAGAGAUCAUCUCAAUGAACAGUAUCCUCACCGAUGUAUUGGAUGUGGUGGCCCAGUAGCAUGGCCACCGAGGUCACCAGACCUGACUCCAUUGGACUUUUAUCUGUGGGGGUCACUUGAAGUCUGUCUUUUAUGCAACACCCAUAAACAAUGAAGACCUAUGGGAAUGUGUGCAGACUGCAUGCCAGAUGAUUUGAGGAAACCCUGGUACAUACGAAUGAAUCCAUCAGUCUUGUGUAUGUUGUGCUUGGGCUUGUGUGGAGAAUGGAGGAGCAACCUUUGAGCAUCUUUUAUAAUGAAGCAUCCCUGUCCUUAUACUUGGCUUUAAAGGCAUACAUUGAAACUUAUUUUUGGCUUUUAUUUUGAAAAAGAAGCAUUUGCGACCACAUGUUCAUAGCAACAUUUUAUUCUUAUUUUUGAUCCAGGACACGCACACAAAGUUUGUAAACAUAUUUUUGACUGACCUCUAUAUGGUCCGGAAAAACGUCGGUGUCGAUAACCAUUCUACCUUUCCAUUCCUAGUAGCACUCAACUAUGUUUUUGAGACAAAAUCAAAGCUGUGCUUCACACUUGGUGAGUACAUAAAAACAGCUCCUAAUUCCAUGAUGUUUGAGAAGCAAAGUAAACAUUGUAACAAUAGGGGGUGUUGGUCAGUGGAGUGGGAGACAGCUAAGAUGGCUGUUUUUUGGGUUGUAGUGACGUGUACGCUGGUGAAAUUUACUGAUGUUGCAGGGAUCCUUGCUGCCUCCGUCACCCUGACAACACAAGGAAUAAGAAUGAUUUUCAAAUACAUAUUUCUAAUAUUCCAUGUUUUUAGAAUAUGCUUACUACGAUGACAUAAAAAUCUUCAAAGAUCUGCCAAUUUGUCUCAAAACUAUUUCAGAUAAGACGUAGAAAUUUAAAGCAGUACCUAAAUACACACGCCUUACACCUUUUGUUCUAUUGUUGAAUUUCUGCGGUUUAAAAUGGACUGAUAAUCCUUUUUGAUUUUAUUGCAGUUAGGCUUGUCAUUGUUAGCAUAGGGGCACUGUUGCGCAACCUUUCUACACUCGCUGCACACUAAAUAUUGUUGAAGAGUCAUGGCAGCACACCAACCCCAUUUUGUAUAUUGUGUGGGGUUUAUGGCAUUGAUUUGCAGCUACAAAUCGACCCCAACCGAAAAAUGUUUUAUUUCAUGUUCAUAAUUACCCGUCUUUAUUACUUUAAAUAUAUUCAUUAUUUGAAAUAAAUUAAAACAUAUUUAUAAAUAUGAUUUAAUCCUAAAUUUAUUAACUAUGUGUAAUUAUUUCACAGUAUCCAAAUCAGUUUCCCACGACCCAAAGAUCCCAUUGCAUAUGUAAUAUGUGUAAUGCUGGAUGUGAGCAGAGAAAGUAUUACAUUUAAAAUAAAACUAGACAUCAGUAUUUAUCUAAUUAUGAAAGUCUAUAAUCCAUUUAAUAGCUAUGUCAUUCCCAUUUACUGUUGCCUCUUUUUGCAGAAAAAUACUUUGAGUAGCAACAAAUGUAAGGGGAGCAAAAUAUGUUUUGCUGCAAAGUGGUUGUGUUACUUUCCAAUUCCAUUCAGCAGAUCUUGUCUGCCCUUGAUACACAAGUAUCCUGCACAGACGUUCUAAUACACAGAAAGAAGUAUUGGCUGUCACUCAAUUUUUCUAGUCUUUCCUCUCAUACUUGUAUUUUUAGUAUUUCAUAGGUUUCCUAAUUUAGUUAAUUACUCACGUCACUGCCGACACAUGCAACACUGGGAAUUGUACUCUUAAUAAGGGUCAAUAGUUUUAGGACUGUGUUCUGCAUGUCUUCAAGUUUGAGUCAGUUAUCAUCUUACACAGACAGUAUGUGUGUAUGUGUCAAAGUCUCCUGCUGAGCAAGCUGUGUCUGUUGUACUGAGUGUACAUUCGUUGAAAUCAUUCUGGCCGACACGUGUUGUGUGCUGCAUUGUUAAUGCACUGUUCUACUGCUCAUUUCUUGUGUAAAGGAUUGCAUUUACAGACGAUUGAUAACUGUAUAUAGUGGCCUACAGGUGUACUCAACAGUAAAAUAGUUUCAGUUUCAAUUAAAUGUUUUUAGAACAGGUAAAUACAAGGACUUGCCAAUAUGAGGACCAUAGGGAGAAGGUUGGUCACGUUAUUUAUCUUGUUUCUCAAACAUGGAAUUCAGGGUCAUGCUUGGGCUGUGGGCAGUCUCAAACAGAUGUACAGCGUGACUUUUUUUUAUAGCUUCCAUUUCAUCCCUGACUAAGGGAAGGAUCAGCUGCUUCUUUGUGAAUUGUCUUCUGCAAAACAUCACUUUCCAGUAAAACUGCUGUCAUUGACCUCUAUUAUUAAAAAGUGUUCUUACAUUAACAAUGAUGCAUUAUCAUUUUUCCUGACUAUUAACCUGGUGGUGACUUGUACCAUUUCCUGUGUGACUGUAGCAUGUUUACAGAGACUACAGCUAGACACCACCUAGCCGAGAUAGUCCUGGCUGCAGAAUACCUGCAUCAGGUGGGCGGACGGUCACACUGCAGUUGUCUGCAAUAGAUUACAUGAUAUGCUGGUGAAGAACCUAAUCUACUUAGUUGAUUGUGUUGCUACAACAUUUCUCAUUUCAUUCAUUACUUUAUUUCUGCUCUGAAUGUCAAGUCAUUUUUAUUUUUGGUGGCAAAUAAGAAUACCAGUACAUAGGGCAGCUUAAUCACAGUGAUAUGUAGUGGGAGAGAAAAUUUUGGAACUGGAUCUCAAUACCACAUUAAGAAUGUAACAUGUCCCAUCUUUUAUCCCACUGUGUAAGUAAAUUGUUAACUUGUUUCUUUCAGAUUGGCGUGAUGCACCGGGACUUAAAACCGGAAAAUAUACUGAUCUAUACCCACGGCCACACUGCAGUCUCAGAUUAUGGUUUAUGCAAAAUUUUCCUCCCUCACAAGAAGGACAAACAUGCUGAUUCUGUGUAUGAUAGAGGCCCCUACAUGGCCCCAGAAAUGCUGCAAGGCAAAGGAUGCAGUUUUAAAGUUAACUGAUGGAGUGUUGGCAUCAUCGUGUAUGAAAUGUUGGCUGGCCAAAGUCCCAUCUGUAUUUGAUGCCAAGGAAGACAUUACAGCGCUUUACGAUAAAAUUUUGUGCAACGCAGCAGAUACUCCAACACGGUUCUCAUUCGAUGCGGCAGACCUUGACUGGAAACUUCUAGAGAAGAAUCCAGAAAUAUGGCUGGGUGGUGAUGAAAACGGUACACGGGAUAUUAGGAGGCAUCCAUUCUUCAAUGUAAAUCUUACCCCAUCUGUGUUAUCAUAUAAUAGUAAGAGCACUAACAUUUGUGCUUUAACCUAAAGGGACUUGCGUUGGGAGAUGUCGCACCCGCUACCAGUUGGCACUACAAAUCAAGCGGAAGAGACUUGCAGCAUGGAAGUGUCCUUUCAUACUCCAGACAUUCGGUCGAAUAAGUGUGACAACAAUUAUGAGGAUUUAAAAAAGAAGAUGACAACUUUAUUGGCUUCAUACAGAAGAGAGAAGUCCAGAAUUAAGAAGUCUCACCUAACUGGUUCUGCUGCAGGUACUGUUUACGUAUCCAAGUGGUUCGCAUUCAAUGAGUUCGACUUUAUGGCCGAUAAAAAUACUCCAAACAAUACUGUAGAUACUUUGCCUGAUGAGCCUGGAACAUCACAUUGCGCCGAAACCUCGGGGUUCGAAUAUCAAAAUGAAGAGCUUGCUGUUGAAGGAAUAACAUCUUCUAGAACACCAGAAGCACCUCGACGUAAAAGGACCCGCACAGAUCCUAAGUCUGCCAGCGCCGAAGCUAAAGAAAAUCAAACAAUGCUACUGGAAGCGUUUGAUAUCCUCAAGUCCAGUGUAACCACACCGACAGACCCUUAUUUUACAUAUGGCCAAUAUAUCGCUAACGAGCUAAGAAAAUAUGACCCAAGCACCUUAUCACAAGUGAAGCGUGCUAUUAAUAAUGUUAUUUUCGAAGCUGAUAUUGGGAAUUACACCCAAAAUUACAGUCAGUCUGGAAGAUCAGAGAGUGUAAUAAGGACUCCAACUGCAACUUCAUCUCCAGCUUCUGUACAAACAACGUCAUUAGCUACUACCUAUCUAACCGAAGAAGAAAAUCAGGCAAACGAAGCUGUUGGAACCACAAAUCUUGAGGAAGUGAUUGGAUAUUUUUCUUCAAACAUUGAAUAAAAGCAUUCUGUUAAAUGCCACUAA